AUGAGCAGCAUGUUCCGCUUCGCCUCCUCCUUCGACAAGGACGUCAGCUCGUGGGACGUGUCGGCGGUCCAUGACAUGUACGACAUGUUCUACGACGCCACAUCCCUCAGUGACUGCAACAAGGCGUUCGUCCACGCCAGCCUCGGACUACAACUCGUGGGGCUCGCUCACCGAUCGGCGUGCUGGUUUCCCGCGUAA